AUGUACUCCAGUUCUAAGGUUGAAUUAAAUUGCAAUGGUAUGGAUGAAAACAGACGGCUGCGCUCCAAGCAUAAGUGCGAUAGGUUGGAGCCAGACCCUCCUCAGGUGAAGGGGAUAUGGCUCACGAGGUUGACUUCAAGUAUUGAGGAUCUCUUUGUCAACCGGGGUUUUAUCCCCGGUCGUCCAAAAAUGAAGGAGGUCGGAGUACGAGCUCCGACUAUUGCAUCUAUGGCUCCAAGUACAGCGGAGGAAGCGGUAGGAAUGGAGCUGGGACCAUCGCGAUGGGCAGCGAAGAAUGGUGCUAGCAAAGGCUCUCUCUCUCGAUCCUAG